UCCGUGAGUUAACCUCCGCAGCUGCGCUGUAGGGGUCAGCUGACUAUUACGACCAAAUAGCGGCUCGGAAUAUCGUUUUUUUUUUUUUUUUUUUUAACAAGACGGCGUACAGAAAACCAAUUCGCCAGACCGUGAAAGCUCCAAUAGCCGCUGAAACUGGACAGCUCCUAGCUUCGACUUCCAGGCGAGACGCCGCGCCUGCCGCACAAUGAGCAUCGGCGCCCAGCGAGGCCUGGCCAGCUCGGGGCAGAAACACAUCGCAGAGAUUCUCCACCCGCUGUCCGCCGCGGACGAGCCGCUGUCUCCGGGGCCAGAUGUCGGCGUCCCCGCUGGAGGCGACAAGGAAGGAGGGCUAUCCAAUGGCACGCCGGCGGACACGCCGAGUCCCGCCUCGGCAUCUUCACUAUUCAACAGGCUGCAGCUGGACGAUGACAUCGAGUCAGACCCACGGGACUAUUACAGCUCCACAGAAAUGCGUGACCUGUUUGUCACAGUGGAUGAUCCAAAGAAGCAUGUCUCCACCAUGGAGACCUACAUCACCUAUAGAGUGUCCACCAAGACAACGCGGAUUGAGUUUGACCUUCCAGAAUAUUGUGUGCGGCGCCGCUAUCAAGACUUCGACUGGCUUAGGAUCAAACUGGAGGACAGCCAACCCACCCACCUAAUCCCUCCUUUACCAGAGAAGUUCGUAAUGAAGGGUGUGGUGGAUCGCUUUUCGGAAGAGUUUGUUGAAACGCGAAUGAAAGCCUUGGACAAAUUCCUGAAGCGUGUUGCAGACCACCCAGUCCUAUCUUUCAAUCCACAGCUCAACGCUUUUCUGUCUGCUAAGGACUUGAACAAACGUCAGGGUCUGGCGCUGCUCACCAAAGUGGGCGAGUCGGUAAAGUACGUAGCCGGAGGUUACAAGCUGCGGGUGAGGCCGCAGGAGUUUUGUGCCAUGGGCGAGUACCUGGACACCUUCAGCCAGAAACUGGGCACGAUUGACCGCAUUGCUCAGAGGAUCCUCAAAGAGCAGUCAGAGUACUUGGCUGAGCUGCGGGAGUAUGGCACAGUGUACUCCAGCUGGACGGGCUCAGAAGAGGAGCUGCAGCGCCCCCUGGAGGGUGUGGCGAGCUCCGUUUCGACGUGUUGUGGGGCAAUGGAUGAGCUGGUUGAAAACAUGGGCCAAGACUUCCUGCCUGUACUCAGAGAAUAUAUGCUCUACAUCGAGUCCAUGAAGAAUGUUUUGAAGAAGCGCGAUCAGACUCAGGCGGAGUACGAGGGACGCCUGGAAGCUGCCAUACUUCGCAAACAGGAGGACAGAACACCUAUGCCAUCUGAGGUGGAGCGCUGCCAGGACAAGGUAGAGUGUUUCAAUGCUGACUUGAAGGCUGACUGGGAGCGCUGGCAGAGCAACAAGCGACAGGACUUUAAGCAGCUUCUCAGUGGCAUGGCUGACAAAAACAUCAAUUACUAUGAGAAGUGCCAAGCAGCAUGGGAGUCGCUCAUAAGUGUCCUGCAGGACAAACAGACUGAUGACCAAACGAGCGAGACGGACUGAAGCAUCUUGUCCAUUACACAAUUUUUCACACCAUGGACUGAGUGGGCAUUAGGGCCCCCAAAUGAAGGACUGUGUCUCCACUGUCCUAAGUUGACUGUCAAAAUUGGAAUGCAGCAGACACAUUCCAUGUAUGUGACCACUGGUCAAAGAGCAACUAUCUUCUUGCCUACAUUCUUUUUCAUGUUGUUGCUCUUUUUCUUCUUUACAUCAAUUAACAGUCGCCAAUGCUGCUUAUUUAAUCACAUGCUGACGAGGUGUGUUUCAUCUUUUUUUCCUCAUCUGUGUGAUACAAGGGUGCUAUUUUUUCCCCCUUGCUCACACUAAGCCCAGUUAACAAGCUCCGAUAAAGCUACAAACUCCUUUUCUAAUACAUGUUUAAGAUUGCUUUAUCAAAUGUGUUUUCGUCCAUCCGCUCAUGUCAGAUCACUUUGAAAAUCCAAACUUGUCACGGAAAGCAUUGUGCAAACAGUUCAGCCAUGUCCAUUUGCCAUCUGAUACCCAUCUGGUUGACAUUCUUCAGCCAUCAAUCUCUCUUUCGGUUAGGCUGGGAGUAAAUCAAUCUCAACAAUUAGAACACUUUUCUUAUCAGAAAAUCGGCUCGCAAAAGAGAAAUGGUACAGCAUCAUUCACAGAUGGCACCUUUGUUUUUGUUGUUGUUGUUUUUUAAGGUGCUAUGAAAUAUUAUAGCGAGUGACUUCAAAGUUAUAGCGGACCACAUUUUGGACUCAAAUCCAUCCAAAAAAGUGAAAGAAGAGGCUAGCGCUACACUAGAAGCUAGGCAUUAUCACUUCCUUUAGCAAUUCUGGUUGUGAUGUCACGACCAGAAUUGCUCGGGGGGGGGGGGGGGGGUCCCUGAUGCAUUGUUUUGGCUGGGAUAACUAUUAAAUUUUAAAAACAGCCAGAUUUGAGUGCAAAAUGUAAAUAACAUUGGUGCAUUCAUUUAUUUUAUUUUUUAAAUGAAAUGUUACCAUUUCAUAGCACCUUUAAAAUGUUUGCUUUGAAGGAAAAUAUCCACCUGUCUUAUCUCAAUGUCACGCAAGGCAGAUGAACAGUAGCAGUGUGAAUGAAAAGGAAAAAACACCCUGCAGUAAAUGCGUACAUCAUCUUAAUAAAAUAUUAAUUCCUGUUGCAUCAAAAUAUGGAAUAUUGGAUGAAACCUCAAGGUAAAAAAGGGAUUAUCUAUCUCUGAUUCGUCUUGCAAGUCAUUUGCUUUCAUUUUGUCGUAAUUCUGAUUAGCUUGGUUACAAACAACCUUAGUUCAUUUUAGAAAUAACAAUUUGACAGUGGCAUUCAAAAGGGUGCGUUAUCUUUGUAAAGGUACAUCGUUGUCAUACAGAUGUAGUAAGUUUUACUCAACAUGAUUUACUCAACAUGAUUCAAACCAACAUUACGUUUAUUUGCUUUCAAAUAGAUGGCUGCCUUGUUUUGUUGAUUUAUGGUAAAGUUUUGCAAGGUUGUUACCUUUUCAAAUACAUGUGAUAUCUAAUGGGGAUCAUAUUUUUUUAAGUACGACUAUACAGCUGAUAAAGUAGUCAAUUGCCUGGUGCAGUCCUGUUCAGAGGCAUAUUAAAAUAAAAGCACAAGAAGUAUGAGGGAAUAAUUUCAGGUCCCUAGUUGGCCUGCAUUCAAAGAAAUGUUCAGCUGGAUUCCGGCUCCAAACGAAUGAUGUACUUUUUUUUUUUUUUUUUUUUUUUUUUUUUAAUUAAAAGAUGCUCUUCUUUUGUGUCAUUUAUCCCCGCUGAGAAGUUGUCAUUUGGGUCCGUUUAAUGUGAAAAUGAAACUACUAAGGGACACAUUGUCAAUGACAAUACUAUUUGUAAGCUAACGUACUGAAAUUGAACCUCAACAUCAUUGAUUCUAGUUUUUUUAUAGCUUCAUGUUAGAUUUUGCCUGCUGACUUAUUGCUGCACUACACGAUUCCUCCCGCUUGAAACUUUUUUUCUUAAAAAGGUCUUUGGCAAAAGUGAUCAUUUUUUAUGUGAUUUUACUUUGUUUUGAUAAUAUAUGAGGGCGAAGAUGGAUGCCAAGGUAUAUUCUGUACAAAUUUUUUGGGGUAUUUUUCUGUUUAAUUGUGCAAAUUUAUUAAUAAUUGCCAAACCCAAAUGUAUAAGUCAUUUAUUUCAUGGCAUCACUGAAGAAUGUUUUUUUUUUCAAUGCUAAGUGUUAAUAACUUGAGUUCUGCUCUGUCUGUUGCACCCUGAUGUUUACAUUUUACUUUUGGUCCAUACUGUACACUUGAACAUCUUGUAAUAACAUAAAAGUCUGUAUAUUGAUGUUUUGAUGCAAUUAUCUUUACCUCAAAUUAUUUUGGUAUAUAUUGAACCAAUAAAAUAAAUUGAUUUGAUAUUUAUCCACUCAGA